AUCCCCUCUGUGCGUCGUGUGAGAUGUGAGCCACGUGAAACACUGCACAAGGGAAAGCAAAAAAGACUGAGGCCAAUGCUUUUCUUCUCUGCCUGACUUCAGUGUGAUGAUGAGCGACCGCGUUGUCGGCCUCUUCGACGGUCAUUUUGUGUAUGAGGAUGGCCACGGAGGCUAUGAGAUGGACGUGCAGGGGGAGCGCCGGGCCAUCUUGCCUGCCUUUUACCAGCAGAUCAAGCUGUGCUUUGGUGACCCCGAGAACAGCAGCAGCCACCAGCCCAACCAAGAAUGGUAUGUUCCACAAGAUGCGCAGAGAAGGGGAGAGUCGGUUAACUGAGUGUACAUAUGUGUGUGUUUUGUUCUCGCUGUCAGUGCUGACGCGCCGAAGAUCCCUCGUGAAGCCAGGUAACCGCAGCAAAGACAUCAUGCACGCAUUUCUGUAUCCUCUCUCUCUGUGUGUGCGUGUGUAUUUUGUCAGCGGUGAGUCGGUGCCCCACCGCCAGCGCGUGACUUCAUCCUCACCUUCACCUGUAGCAGCAGCAGCAGCAGCAGCAAUGGCGGCGAUGAGACGGAAAGAGCCCAUCGAAGUGACGGACCUCGGCGUGCAGCACCAGGUUGUGCAGCAGGGCGCCGGCCGCCAGCCGACCGCCAACGAUCGAGUGACCUUCGACAUCACCAUGUGGGAGGACAAAAUCCACGGCGGCAUCAAGACGGUGGAGUGCCAUGGCGUGACGUGUGCCGUGAGCGACGGGCUGCUGUGCGACUGGCAGAGGGAGGCGGUGCUGCUCAUGUCUGCGGGGGAGGUGCGGCACCUCACUGUGCCGCCAGAGGUGCAGGAAUGGGUGCUGCGGGACAAGCGGAUGGGAUAUGCCGAGAUGAGGCUGGUGGCCAUCCAUGGUGAGGAUUAGUCGGCUGUCGAUCUGUGUAGAGAGGGGGGGCUCAUAGGGGAGCUGGGUGGGCGGUUUGUGUGCGGGUCGCUGAUCGUUCGAACGUGGUGUGUGGUGGGGUAGCCGCCUUGUUUGAUAGCUAUGGUUGCAUGUCUGACGGUUUUCACCCAUGGAUGGAUUGUCACGUCGCUGGUUUGUGUGUGUGUGUGUGUGUGUACAGAGGCGAAUGGGACUCAUCUUUGUGCAAUAAUUCCAAAUGCCUGUUCGGAUCCCAAGAUGCAUUCAUCAUCAUGUUGCAAUCAAUGCAGUCGAUCAC